AUUGAUUGCAAGAAAAUUACAGCGAUCUCAUUUCGAGUGAACGAGGAUCAACCAAUCCGGAUAGGAGGACGACUAAGAAUUAAAGAUGACAAGUCUUAGUUUGCACAAACAUCAUUGCUAAAUGAGAGGCAAUGAAGGUUUUUAAUGAAUGCGGAAGAACCAGAAAUUCAAAAGUCUCAUCUGCGAUUAUUAGAAAACUGACGGUACAGAAAAUUCAAUACGUCGGAACUAUCCAGUUUGGAGUACGUAAAACGUUUCAAAAAUAUAUCAAC